AUGCCUUGUGAUGGAAAAAAUCCAAAUUGCGACAGAAGACGCAAAUUAUUAAUACAACUGAAAUGUUUAAUCAGUUCUAUGGAUAGGAAGAAACCAUGUGAAUGGGACGAGCAGCUUUGUCCACCUAUGAUAUAUCGCCCUACAAAAUUGCCACCUUGCAUUCUGCCCUCUUAUGAAUGUGUCAAACCAUGUAAGAGUUUUGAUUUUCGCUCAAGCAUAAUGUACAGAUGCGAGUGUAUAAAAAGAAAUGGUCUGCAAGACAGAUGCAUGAUGUGGGACUGCAUGGGUAGACCGGAAUGUAUGACAAAGCUGUAUCCAGUCUGUGAACCAGGUCGCUGCGCUUUAUUGAAGCUAACAGAUUUGGGUGACGCGGAGGUGGCUCUUCGAAAAUUCUAUUGCACAGAUCAAGCCAGAGAGGCGGCUCUGGCUACUUACUGUAGAUUAACUUGCAAUAAGGAUCGUCAGAAGCGAAUUUUGUCGUGCACCAAUGUUAAAGUUCCUUCCAUACCUUCCAUGCUCUGCCCGAGAAGUGAUGCAUUGAAUGAAAAUGACAAUUUGUGGGGCGAACCCUUUUGCGGUGAUACCUCAUUGUCACCAUAUCAAGUAUGCAUACCACCGGAAUGUUCCAUGUUAAAAUCUUGCGGCGUAUGCUGUCCACCCCCUUAUAAAUUUAAAGACUCUUCUCUUUCGUGUAAUCCACCGCUACUAAUGUGCUUGCCUUCCUAAUUACCAAUUUUUCCUAAUCAUCAACUUUUCCAAGUAGCAAACUAAAGUCAUUCGACGUCUAUUGACGUCCUUCGAUGUCUAAUGACGUCAUGCAAUGUCAACAUGAUCUACGCUUGCUACAUUCCUGUAAUAUAUUUAAUCGGUUGAUUUGUAAUACCCCAAGUAACAAAUAACGUCAUUCGAUAUCUAUGACAUCACUCAACGUCAAAUGACGUCACUCGAUAUCAAAAUGACGUCAUUCGAUGUCAAAAUGACGUACGGUUGCUACUUGGAAUAUUUCACAAGUCUAAAUCAAAUUAUACAGAUCCUAUUAUAUAAUC